GGACAUUAGACACUUUGUCAAAAACUUUGACUUCCGGUAUGCAGUCCCACAUGGAAAACGCAUGGAUCCAGAGAUUUGACUUGAAGACUGUGCCUAUCACCGGUGCUUGAAAAGAUUAAUGAUGUUUCAAGCAAACAAACAGAAGGAAAUAAAAGAAAUUGUUCUAUGCACUGGUAAUAAAAGCAAAUUAAAAGAAUUUAUGCAAAUACUGGGAGAGGAUUUUCCUUACAAGAUAACCAAUGCAGAUAUUGAUUUGCCAGAAUUUCAAGGAGAGCCAGAGGAAGUUGCAAGGGAGAAGUGUAAGCUGGCUGCAGAACAGCUCAAGUGUCCGGUGGUGACAGAUGACACCAGUCUCUGUUUCAAUGCUUUGGGUGGUCUCCCAGGUCCUUACAUUAAGUGGUUCCUCAAGAAACUAAAACCAGAAGGUCUACAUAAAAUUUUACAUGGUUUUGAGGAUAAAUCAGCAACAGCCAUGUGUAUUUUAGCCUACAGCUCAGGUGAAAAAGACUCUGAAGUGAAAUUAUUUUGUGGAAAAGCACCAGGAAAAAUUGUUAAACCCAGGGGAUUGAAUGAUUUUGGAUGGGAAGCUUGGGAUCGUUGCUUCCAGCCGGAGGGGUUCACACAAACUUAUGCUGAGAUGCCGGAAGAAACAACGAACGCCAUUUCUCACAGAUUUAGGGCUGUUAAAAUCUUUAAGAAACAUUUUCAAGAUGGAAGCUAAUAAAGAAAUAGAAGCAG